AUGACUGCUGUUACAAAUAAGAUGGCACAGACCAUGGUGGACUGCUGUAGCCCAUCUACAAUGUUUGACAGUGUGGCUGUAAUCUGGUCUGUGGAAGUUAAAUUAACCUAUUCCAGGAGGAAAAAUUCUGUGCAAGGGCCACGGUAUGCAGCUGUCAAGCCCAAGAAGAUUUUGUUACUAUACGAGACAAGCAAUGGAGCAAAAAGAAGAAUUCUGAUAGAAAUGACAGCGAACAGUCAUAUGGCUCCAGAGGGAAUUGAACAGCGUCCAGAGCAGCAUGGUCUUUCAUUAGGAAAUACGUGUAUCUAUGCCUUUCACCCUAAAGCGGGCUUAAGUACAGCCAAGGAUACUAAAAGAUUGUUGUUUCAUAUUGAUGGCCCCCCCAAAUCUUGGAUUGAAGAGGUCUUCAGUAAAAGAGAAUGUGCUCACAUUAUUCCCAGCUCAAAAGAACCACACAGAUGUCCUACAGGAUGCCAGGUGUGCCAGAAUUUAAUCAGGUGCUGCUGUGGACGGCUGAUUGGAGAACACUCAGGAUUAGAAUGCAGCUGGCCUGUUUAUCAGGCUGGCUCACAGAGUGAUGGUGGAGAAUGGUCUGUUCAAAAACACACAAAAAUGAGUCCAACAGAUGCAUUUGGUACAAUAAAUUUUCAAGAUGGAGACCACACUUAUCAUGCUAAGUAUAUUAGACUUUCUUAUGAUAGCAAUUUGGAUCAUCUGCUGCACCUGAUGGUUAAAGAAUGGCAGAUGGAAUUGCCAAAGCUAGUGAUCUCUGUUCAUGGAGGCAUUCAAAAUUUCAAGCUUCCCUCAAAGGUCAAGCAGGUUUUCAGCAAAGGGCUGGUGAAGGCCGCUGAGUCUACAGGAGCAUGGAUAAUUACAGAAGGCAUCAACAGUGGAGUGUCCAGGCAUGUGGGGGAUGCACUCAAAGGCCGUGCCUCACCACACCUGAGAAAGAUCUGUGCUAUUGGGAUUCCUCCAUGGGGUAUCAUUGAUAAUCAGAGGGAUCUUGUUGGAAAAGAUGUAGUUUGCCUGUACCAGACUCUUGGUAACCCACUCAGCAAGCUGAGUACUCUCAACAGCAUGCAUUCUCAUUUUCUACUGGCAGAUGAUGGGACAGUAGGCAAGUAUGGGAAUGAAAUGAUGCUCAGAAGGAAUUUAGAGAAGUACAUAUCUCUUCAAAAAAUACACACAAGAAUGGGCCAAGGUGUUCCCAUAGUCGGGCUGGUGCUGGAAGGAGGCCCCAGUGUGAUCCUGAUGGUGUGGGAGUACAUGAGGGCCAGCCCAGCUGUGCCAGUGGUGGUCUAUGAGGGCACUGGCAGAGCUGCAGAUAUCUUGGCAUUUGCCCACAAGCACACGGGUGACACGGGGGAUCUGUGCCCUCCGGUGAAGGAGGAGGUCUUAAUGAUGAUUCAGAACAUAUUUAGGUUGGAACACAAAGAGUCUAGUCGUCUAUUUCAAGUUUUGAUGGAAUGCAUGAAACACAGAGAGUCUAUAACCAUAUUUGAUGCUGAGUCAGAAGAUGAACAGGACAUUGAUUUGGCAAUUCUGACGGCACUCUUGAAAGGUACGAAUAUGUCUGCUUCAGAUCAGCUAGAUUUGGCAUUGGCCUGGAACCAGCUAGAUAUUGCCAAGAAACACAUACUUGUUUAUGGACAACACUGGAAGGUCGGUGCCUUGGAACAGGCAAUGCUGGAUGCUUUAGUCAUGGAUCGUGUGGAUUUUGUUAAACUGUUAAUAGAGCAUGGAGUGAACAUGCAUCGUUUUCUUACCAUAUCUCGUUUGGAAGAACUCUACAAUACAAAACAAGGACCAUCAAAUCUACUUUUACACCAUCUAGUUCGAGAUGUGAAACAGAAUAGCCUUUCUUUGGAUUACAAGAUAUCACUGAUUGACAUUGGACUGGUGAUAGAGUACCUCCUUGGUGAAGCUUACCGGAGCAGCUACACAAGGAAACAUUUCCGAAUUCUCUACAACGAUCUCUACAGAAAACACAAGAGAGUGGUCUCCAGUUUGCCUCAAAGCCUGUCACAUGCCUUUCAUCAGAGUAAUCAGAUGGACAGUGGAAUGGGAUCCACUGAAAGCACUUUGCAUUCUCAGUUCUUCAGAACUGCACAGCCUUACAAAUACAAGGAAAGAUCCAGCCCUUUCCCAAAGUAUAAGAAGAAAUCAAAAGAGGAUAUAAACUGCACAGAGAAUUAUGAGUCAACUGGCUUCAUCUACCCCUAUAAUGACCUCCUGGUUUGGGCAGUAUUAAUGAAAAGACAGAAGAUGGCUAUGUUCUUCUGGCAGCAUGGAGAGGAAGCCAUGGUCAAAGCUGUUGUUGCUUGUAAACUCUACAGAGCAAUGGCACAUGAAGCUAAACAGAGCAACAUGGUGGAUGACACUUCAGAAGAACUCAAGAAGUAUUCAAAGGAAUUUGGGCAGCUUGCUUUAGAUGUGUUGGACAAAGCAUUCAAACAAAAUGAGCAGAUGGCCAUGAAGUUGCUGACCUAUGAACUGAAAAACUGGAGCAACUCAACUUGCUUGAAGCUGGCUGUGUCUGUGGGGCUGCGGCCUUUUGUGUCCCACACAUGCACGCAGAUGCUGCUGACUGACAUGUGGAUGGGACGCCUGAAGAUGAGGAAGAACUCCUGGUUUAAGGUCAUUAUGAGUAUUCUCCUGCCUCCCACCAUCCUGAUGCUGGAGUUUAAAAGCAAGGCAGAAAUGUCUCAUGUGCCUCAGUCUCAAGACUUCCACCAGUUAUGGUAUCACGGGGAACAGAGCCCAGUCGGCUCUAAAGAUAGUUUGAAGGGUUAUGAUGUGGAAAAGGCUGCUCAGAAGUCUGAUGAAAGCCAAGGAGAUGGUGGACAAGGAAACCUGUCUGGAACUAGAAAAAUUUAUGAGUUCUACAACGCACCAAUUGUCAAGUUCUGGUUUCACACGAUGUCGUACUUGGCAUUCCUCAUGCUCUUUACUUACACUGUGUUGGUGAAGAUGGAACCAAGACCAAGUGUACAAGAGUGGCUUGUUAUCAUUUAUAUUUUCACUACUGCUAUUGAAAAAGUCAGGGAGGUAUUUAUCUCAGAACCUGGAAAAUUCUGCCAAAAGGUGAAGGUGUGGAUUUAUGAAUACUGGAAUUUUACUGAUUCUGUAGCUAUUAUCCUGUUUAUGAUUGGUUUUGGUUUGCGGUGGUCCAAACCCCCUGUUCAAACUGCAGGGAGGCUGCUUUACUGCUUGGAUAUCAUAUUUUGGUAUACUCGGCUCCUUGAUCUUUUUGCUGUGAAUCAGCAUGCUGGCCCAUACCUGACAAUGAUUGGGAAAAUGACAGGAAACAUGUUCUAUAUUGUGAUCAUGAUGGCCAUAGUCCUGCUGAGUUUUGGGGUGUCACGGAAGGCGAUUCUUUCACCAGAGGAGCCUCCUUCUUGGACACUGGCACGAGAUAUUGUAUUUCAGCCCUACUGGAUGAUGUUUGGUGAGGUCUAUGCUGGAGAAAUAGAUGUUUGUGAAGCCAAUGAAGACUGUCCUCCCGGCUCCUUUCUCACACCAUUUCUGCAAGCUGUCUACCUCUUUGUGCAGUACAUUAUCAUGGUCAACUUGCUCAUUGCAUUCUUUAAUAAUGUUUAUUUUGAUUUGAAAUCCAUAUCGAACAAGCUCUGGAAGUACAACCGUUAUCGCUACAUCAUGACCUACCAUGAGAAGCCAUGGCUGCCUGCACCGUUCAUCCUCCUGAGUCACAUUGGGCUUCUGAUAAAGUGCAUCUUCCACCACCAGCCCCCAAAUGAGUUGGACCAAGAGGAAGGCGAUGUUGGACUAAAGCUCUACCUGAGUGAUGAGGAAUUAAAGAAACUCCAUGACUUUGAGGAACAGUGUGUAGAAGAAUACUUUCUUGAAAAGAAUGAAAACCUGAGUUCCAGUGGCAGUGAAAGGAUCCGUUUGACCACAGAAAGAGUGGAAGAGAUGUUUCAACAACUUAAAGAAGUGCAUGAGAAGGUAUUUUAUAUCAAGGAGUCUUUACUCUCCCUGGACAGCCAGCUAGGACAUUUGCAAGAUCUGUCUGCCCUGACAGUGGACAUCUUGAAAGUGCUUUCAGCUGUAGACACCUUGAAGGUGGAAGAAGCCUUACUGGCUGACACAAAGCAUCAAACCUGUAGGAAGCUGCCCCAUAGCUGGAGCAAUGUAUUCUAUUCCAAGAACUUGAGCAGCCUGGAGGGCUUGUACGACAAGAAAUACCACUAUUACAGCAUGCCACCCUCCCUCUUACGGAGCUUGGUAAGGACUCAGUCUCCAUCAGAGUCCAAACUCUUGAAGUCUGAGAGUAACAAGGUGGUAGAAGACAGCUCUAAAAAGGUAGAAAUCGAAACAGACACACUCACUUCAGGAGUAUCUUCUGAGACUAAAUUGACUCCUAGGUAUGGGCAGUUUUUGCUGGUGCCCCCUGACCAUCAGGGAGGGUCUUUUUCUGAGGAUGUCACCUUAAAGUUGUCCUUUUUGAACACUGAUGCCAAGUACGAGGAUGAGGCAUUCAGAGAUGACCUGCAAAGUAGCAUUGUGGUUCCGCAAUACUUGCCGGGUAUCAGCUUCCUUGGCAAAGAGACAGAAGGUUACCAAUGGAGCCAGAGAGACUUUGUUAUUCAUUUGCCUUCAGAAAAGAUUAAUGCUGCAGAAGCUGCUCAUCCCCUUGAUUUCCAGCUACCACUGGAUAUUGAAGAAAGUGCAACAUCCCCCUGUGAUGACCGGGAAGAAACUGAAGGUGGUUAUGUGAACUGGGGAUUCUCUGAAGGUGAUGAAAAAGGAGUUUUCAUCUCAGAUUCAAAGAAGAAAGCUCUGUACCUACAUUCCUCCUAUGACAGGGACAACAAUUGCCAGAAUAAUCUCACCAGGGAUGUCCAGUUAAGUGAUUCGAAGUCCUUCUCCUACAACUCUGUCAAGUCAUGUCACAGCAGCAGCAUUUCUCAGAACAGGCUGAAGCGGAGCAUCUCCUUCUGGAUCAGCCCUCUCUGGAGGGACUGGAGUUUCUGCAGAAGCAACAGCUUGCCGUCCCCUAAGAAAGAGAGAUCAGGAAAAGUCUGCAAGGCUGUAGGCGAUUCUUUAGGAUCCUGUGAGCUACACCGCAGUGAGGCAACAAAAGCAAAACAGCAGAACAGAGACAGAAAGUCUGGGAGAGGAAAGAGGAAUCAAAAACCUCUUCAGGUGCCGGUGAUUAGAGUGGAUGAUUGUCCCCAGAACACUCAAGUGAACUCAGAACCUGCAGAAAUCAAUGUCUGGGAUGAGCAAGAAAAACACAGCAAGAAUUGGCUCACCGUGUCUAAUUUCAGUCAACUAAGUUUGGAACGUCUCCAUUACAAGCACCAGAAAAUUAAAAAUCCAGACUUUGGUAGGCAUACCAUACCAUUCUGUGAUUACCUGAGGCAUUCUCAAGAGGAUUUCAGUAAUAGCAUAUUUGGAAACACCAAGAAAAGUAAUCUGAACAGGAACUCCUCAUUGAGAGCUCCAGAGGAGACUGACAAUAUCUUCUCCUGCUUGAAAACAUCUCAAGAUUUGCAUCUUCACUACUCAGCUGUUGAAAGAAACAAUUUAAUGCGACUUGCUCAGACCAUACCAUUUACACCAGUCCAGCUCUUUGCUGGAGAAGAAGUGACAGUCUAUCAGCUAGAAGAGAGUUCACCUAUGAAUCUUGAUAAAAGCAUGUCUUCGUGGUCCCAGUGUGGCACAACUGCAAUGAUCCAAGUCCUGUCACGGGAGGAGAUGGAUGGGGGUCUGCGGAGGGCCAUGAAGGUCAUUUGUACUUGGUCUGAGAGUGAUGCAUUAAAGUUGGGACAAGUAUUUAUUGUGAAGUCUUUCCUGCCAGAGGUGGUUCAAGCUUGGCAAAAGAUCUUUCACCAUGGCACAGUAUUACAUCUCUGUCUAAGGGAGAUUCAACAGCAAAGGGUUGCCCAGAAGUUAAUCUAUACCUUCAACCAAGUGAAGCCUCAUACUAUUCCCUAUACUCCAAGGUUCCUGGAAGUUUUCCUCAUCUACUGCCAUUCAGCAAAGCAGUGGUUGACCAUUGAGAAGUACAUGACCGGUGAAUUUCGGAAAUACAACAACAACAACGGAGAUGAGAUUACUCCCAUCAGCUUGCUGGAAGAGCUGAUGCUGGCCUUCUCUCACUGGACCUACGUCUACACCCGUGGGGAACUCCUGGUCCUGGAUAUGCAAGGUGUUGGGGAAAACCUUACAGAUCCAUCUGUGAUUAAACCUGAAGACAAAAAGUCUGGAAAGAUGGUAUUUGGGCCAGCAAACCUAGGAGAAGAUGCAAUAAGAAACUUCAUUGCAAAGCAUCAUUGUAAUUCUUGUUGCAGAAAACUGAAACUUCCCGGUAUAAGAAGUGACUACACAUUGGAAACUGCUGGUCCAGCCUUUGGAAUUGAAAUGGAAACAAGCACUGGAGAAGCUGAUGAUGCAGAUGAGACUUCUGAGCGUGAUACACAGCUGUGAAGCAGAGAGUCCAUGUUUUUGCAUGCUUCAAAACCUGUCCUUAAUCACUGCCAAGGGUUUGUCCAAAAUCACAAAAUACAGGUGACUGAGGGCAGCAUCUGUCUGCCCUAGCUAGACCCUAUAGACAAGGAAUGAAAAAAAUUAGCUUUAUUUACUCCCCUUCCAUGCUCUUGUGCUGCCCUUUCUCGUACAGAUUAAUGAAUCACCAAGAGCAGGUCACCCCUUACCUGGAUGAACUCUCCCAUCAGUGCUGUUUUUGAUAAUGUGGAUCAUAGUUCCAAGUUAUACUUUCUUAAGAAAAUGACUGUGAUGAGUUUAUUUCCAA